UCAAUGUGUAGAUUUGAAAUGGUGUAAAAGUUUAUCUACAUAAAAAAUUGGUAGCACUGAUUGGAACACAGUGCAAUACAACGACCUGUAUUGCAAAAGCAUUUUUAUCGUAUGAAUUACUGCUCUUGUGAUUGAGAGUUAUUAUUGAAGAAUUUAAAAUAUUUUCUACAAGUUCUUUUAUGUUUAUUCAAUUUAAGGAUUUGUACAGGAAUUGUGAUUUUCUUCAUUUUACAGUCAUUUUAUAUUAAUAUACAGGUUUUUAUACGAUGGUUGCCCACACUGUGCUUCUUGACUUUACAGUACCAUCAAAUGUAAUAGUAGAUGUGGAGAAACGAUCCAAUCUAAAAAUAGCAAUUGCUAAUGUCCUUCAAGAACACUUUGAUAGUCUGAAGCCAUUAACUGAAUCAAGCAUUGAUGGAAGCUUUUUAGUUUUAUAUACAGGUCCCAAAGGUAGUCUAAUUACAGUUCGAGGAUAUACUGAAGGCUUAAUCACUGUUAACAUUGAAUAUUAUAAGAGAGAUGAAGAAGAAGCACUUUUGGAUUUUGAGCAGUGGCGAUACCUGGAAGCGGACGUUGCGAUGGCUCUGAACAGCCAACGCAGUAAGCGCCUGCCACCAGUAAGGCGAGGAACCAUAUAUGACCUCUAUCUGACACUAUCAGAUGACAGACUACUUGAAUAUGACAUUGACAAGCUGGUUUUUGAAGCACGUUCUCCCUAUCAAAAAGUGCAAAUUGUUCAUUCAAAAUCACUGGGAAAUUUAUUGGUCCUUGAUGAAUUACAAAAUAUAUCUGAAGCAGAUCUGAUAUAUACAGAAACUUUGAUGCAACGUGGUAAAGAAAAUUAUACAGGGAAAGAAAUAGUUAUUUUAGGAGGAGGAGAUGGUGGUUUACUUUGGGAAUUGCUUAAGGAGAAACCAAAAUUCGUAACCAUGCUAGAGAUUGAUGAUGUUGUGAUAAAAGCCUGUAGUCAACACAUGAGAAGCAUAUGUGGAAACUGUUUGGAUAAAAGAAAGGGAGAAAAUUAUGAGAUUAUUGUUGGAGAUUGUGUAAAAACUCUAGCACACAUGAUUGAAGAAGGCCGACAAUUUGAUUACGUUUUUGGUGAUCUCACAGACAUACCAAUUAGCCCAACCCCACAUGGGGAUGCAUGGGAUUUUAUUAGACUAAUCUUAAACUCUUCAAUGAAAGUUCUAAAGUCUACAGGAAAAUUUAUGACUCAUGGAAAUGGAGCAUCUUGUCCAGAAUCACUAGAAAUGUAUGAACAAGUUCUUUCACAGCUCUGUGUACCCAUAGCUUUUACCAAAGAUAGUGCUUUUGUACCUUCUUUCUUCGAAGAUUGGGUCUUCUAUCAAGUAUCGUUAAAAUGAUGGAUUAAACCUAUUGUAUUGAGGUUUCAAGUGAGGUAUUUUUACAAUCCAUUUUCUCUCUUAUGACCCAAAUUCGACCCUAGUCGCAAAUCUUCUGUUAACAAAUCGGUUCCUGAAAGAGAUGAUCCCGAUGCUGGACAUGAAAUUCCAAUUGACACUACUACGCUGGCGUUUGUACAUACAAAAGGUGGUGGUUAUCUGUAUUUAUUUGUUUGUUUAGUAAUUAAUAAACUAUACAACGGUG